ACCCAUGAAGGUCGAGUUCGCGCCGCUCAACAUCCCGCUGGUGCGGCGGCUGCAGACGGCAGCGGUGCUGCAGUGGGUCCUGUCCUUCCUGCUGCUCGCACAGGUGUGUGUUGGGUUCAUUGUGAUUCUGAUCAUCUACAACUAUUGGUUUCUGUACAUCCCGUAUUUGACGUGGCUUUACUUUGACUGGAGUACCCCAGAGCAAGGAGGCAGAAGAUCUAAUUGGGUCAGAAAUUGGACUGUUUGGAGGUACUUUAAAGACUACUUUCCAAUUCAUCUCAUCAAAACUCAAGAUUUGGAUCUGAGUCACAACUAUGUAUUCGGGUUUCAUCCCCAUGGAGUACUCGUGGCUGGAGCCUUUGGAAAUUUCUGCACAAAUUAUUCUGACUUCAAGCAGCUGUUUCCGGGCUUUACUGCGUAUCUACACGUGCUUCCGGUUUGGUUCCGGUGUCCUCUCUUCCGAGAAUACCUCAUGAGUAGUGGGCCAGUUUCAGUUUCCAAGAAAAGUGUGUCCUACGUGCUGAGCAAGGAGGGAGGUGGAAACAUUUCAGUCAUUGUCCUUGGGGGUGCCGAAGAAUCACUGGAUGCUCAUCCUGGAAAAUUCACUCUGUUCAUCCGCCAGCGGAAAGGAUUUAUUAAAAUUGCUCUGACCCACGGUGCUUAUUUGGUCCCAGUGUUUUCUUUUGGUGAAAAUGAACUGUUCAAACAAGUUAGCAACCCUGAAGGCUCAUGGCUUCGAACCGUGCAAGAGAAGAUGCAGAAGAUCAUGGGGUUUGCGCUGCCGCUGUUUCAUGCCAGGGGAAUUUUUCAGUACAAUUUUGGCUUCAUGCCCUACAGGAAACCUAUCCACACUGUUGUCGGCCGCCCAAUCCCUGUUCUUCGGACUCCGCACCCAACCCCAGAGCAGAUUGAAGAAUUGCAUCAGACCUAUAUGGAAGAGCUCAUGAAAUUAUUUGAGGAGCACAAAGGGAAGUAUGGUAUUCCAGAACAUGAAAAGCUUAUUUUAAAAUAACUGUAAUAAGGCAUGAAGGAGGACAAGAGAACAUCUCACUGAAAGAAUAAAUAUUUUAAAUACA